GCCGAAACCAUUACGCCGAGUCUUCGUUAUGUUACAUCUACGGCGAUGGAGGAAACCGUGAAUGUUGUGUGCAGUUUAUUAAUGGGUCUCUGAGAGAUUGCUCGACGGUUCAUGCAGAGAAAUCUGCAAAAGUGUCUAUUUAUCUCAUUGUAAUCACGUUCAACUAUUUUUAUAGAAAGGAAGCAUUUCUUGCAACAUAACCUGGACCAUUUAAUAAAGAGGUUGUACUACGACGCUAUAAUGGAAUAAAUCGAUAAUCGAAACAUCUUCCGAGAAAAUUAUAAAACAUAUUCCUCCAAUGGAAUCUUGGUAUUUCAAUAUAAGGAUUCCAACGGAGCAUCUUAUACCUAUGCACAAUGGUGUAGGACUUCACACAAACGAGCCGAAAUACACGAUAGCGUAGGAAUUCAGAAAUGUCUCACGAUCAUAUGGCCCAUAUGAUGAACGUAUCGAGUGGGCAUGCAACCCACGUUAAUCACGCGUCUCAUGAAUCUAUGGAUCAUUCAAGUAUGGAUGAAAGUAUGAUGCACAGUUCUAUGGAUCAUGCUAGUAUGGAUCACGGGAGUAUGAACCAUGAAAGUCACCUUAACGCUGCCUCGGAAGCAUGUGGCAAUAUGGGGAUGCACGGUAUGUCGAUGGUCUUCCAUGGGGGAUACUGUGAAAACGUAUUAUUCGAAUCGUGGAAAAUCUCGUCGAUCAGUGGUCUCAUAGGAUCGAUGAUCGGUAUCAUGAUCAUGGCCGCACUUUACGAGGGAUUGAAGUAUUACCGGGAAUAUUUAUUCUGGAAAAUGUAUAAUUCCCUACAAUACAGAAGCGUCACGAUGCCACAAGAGAAAAAUGUCGUAGCCGAGGAUAACAGAGUCGUACAUAUGGUUGGAGAAGUAAUUCACAAACAACCGCCCACAAUGUUAUCAUGGAUGCAUACGUUCCAAACGUUCUUACACAUUGUGCAAAUUGUGCUGUCAUAUUUCCUUAUGCUGAUCUUCAUGACUUACAAUGUCUGGUUGUGUUUUGCUGUAGUAUUUGGUGCAGCAAUUGGUUAUUUUUUGUUUGGGUGGAAAAAAUCUGUCAUUGUGGAUGUUACAGAACAUUGUCAUUAGUUGUUUAUGUAUUUAAAAUACAUUGUGUUUUUACAACAAAAAUGUACAUCACUGUACAUUGCCGAAAAGUUCAUUCUGACCGGAAGAACUUUGAAAUAAUUACAUGUAGUAUAUGUGUGCAGGAAAUAUAAUUAUUCUAAAUUCGUAUUUACACAAAUAUAUAAAGAAAAUGUUCUCAGUUUAAAUUUAUUCCUAUGCAUACAGAAUGCAAUUUUCAAUUAUUCGUUGAGAAAAAUAGCGCAUGACUUAAUUAUUAUUGAAUAAAAAAUAUCUAUAAAAUGCAAAUUUGUAUACAAAAAUACUGGAAGGUUAAAUCUUUGAUUUCGAUAGCCAUAGCGCACCUAAUUUGUAAAUAUUGUUAAAAGGUUUAAAUGAGAAAAGUAUCGUAAGAUGGACGCACACUUUUCUCCAAACUUUUAUACGGCCACUUUCAAUUUUUUAUUGUAAUGUAUUUUAUAAAUUAAUCUUAACGUUUGAAGAAAAGUGUACAGUGAUAUCUUGAACAUUGCAUACAUGAUGUAUUGUUAUAAUAUAACGUUAUCAACGAUUGUAUUAUUACCAAGUAGUCCAUAAACUACUGUUAUUUGUAAAAUAUAAAAUAAUAUCACAUGAAAUACAAGAAAAACAUUUUGCCAAUA